CCCUUCUUUUCUAGCAAACCAUUCCAUUAACGAAAUUCCUUGUGUCUUACAGCAUAUGUCUCAAAGGACCAACGUUCCACACUUCUCCUCUAUAGCUUUUGGUCUCCAUUCCCAUCUCCUGGUUUCCAGUGAGAUGAACUCUAAUUCCAAUUGGUCUUUUUCUUGAAACUUUCAUUCUUUAGGGAAAGGAAACAAAUUCCUUGCUCGUUUUAAGCCAAAGAAUUCCUUUCUUGGGAAUUGGAUUUCACUUUUUCUUGACGAACUUGGAAUUUUUGAUAAUGGGUUUGAAGGGAUUUGUUGAAGGAGGCAUUGCUUCUAUUGUUGCAGGGUGUAGCACCCACCCACUGGAUUUGAUUAAGGUUCGGAUGCAACUUCAGGGCGAAGCGUCUGCGCCCAAUCCGGCGGUUCAGAAUCUUCGUCCGGCUCUUGCUUUUCCGACAUCUGCCGGCCAUGUCAACCUCCCUUCACCUCCACCGCCGCCCCGUCUGGGACCCAUUGCUGUUGGGGUUAGGAUUAUUCAGCAAGAUGGUGUCAAAGCUCUCUUUUCUGGCGUUUCUGCCACCAUCCUCCGUCAAACUCUGUACUCCACUACCAGAAUGGGACUGUACGACAUCUUGAAGCAAAAGUGGACUGAUCCCAAUGCCAAAAAUAUGCCUUUGUCGAGGAAGAUCGCGGCUGGACUCAUAGCUGGUGGGAUCGGAGCCGCCGUGGGGAAUCCGGCUGAUGUUGCUAUGGUUCGGAUGCAAGCCGAUGGCCGUCUCCCUCUGGCGCAGCGGCGCAACUACAAGAGCGUGGUGGACGCUAUUUCACAGAUGACCAAGAACGAGGGCGUAAUUAGCCUGUGGCGCGGCUCUUCGCUCACCGUAAAUCGCGCCAUGUUAGUGACGGCUUCACAACUCGCCUCAUACGAUCAAUUCAAAGAAACAAUACUAGAAAAUCAUUGGAUGAAGGACGGUCUUGGCACCCAUGACGGUCUUGGCACCCAUGUGACGGCCAGUUUCGCCGCCGGGUUCGUGGCAGCGGUGGCCUCAAACCCGGUGGACGUGAUUAAAACACGAGUUAUGAACAUGAACGUGGAGCCAGGGAUGGCCCCACCUUACACUGGGGCCCUAGAUUGUGCAGUGAAGACUAUUCGGGCCGAAGGGCCCAUGGCCCUUUACAAAGGAUUCAUACCUACAAUUUCUAGGCAGGGUCCAUUUACUAUUGUGCUCUUUGUCACACUGGAACAGGUCCGAAAGUUGUUUAAAGAUUUCUAAUACAAUAUUAUGGUGACGUGAAAACGAUUACGAUGACGAUGACGAUCAUGAAAAGAAUAUAUAUUUUAUUUUUAAUUCCUUAGAAUUGGGAAGAAGGAAGGAAUAUAUGUGGUGUUUUAGUUUGUUCUUAAUAAAGAUGGAAUUAUGCAGUUAAUAACUACCUGAAACUGACGCUAUUCUUUUAAUAUUAUUAUUUGAUAUGUUAGUGACGGUUUUAGUUUA